UGCGUGUGUAUAUGGAAAGGAGGCAAAUUUAUUAUCCUGUUCCUGUCCACUGUAGAAGACGAUACGAAUAAAGACCCAGGGAAUUCACCGUUGGAGAGCAGCAGCAGCAGCGUCCCCUUCUUUUAUCUCCAAUAGAUUUGUCUAUCCAUUCCUAUUAACCUCCCUCCCUCCCUCCCUCCCUCCCCUGUAUGUAUUGCUGAACAAAUUGGAGCUCACGACGACAAGAUACAAGCUGCGGUUUUCAUGUUCUUAUCUUCCCAAUCAAUCUGCGGAACUUCCCCUCCGGAGCUUGUAAUUCCCAGUAUUCAUGGGUUCAUGCCUUCAGGUUCGCUCGAGUUAAUGGUCUCACUACAAUUGAGAAGCUGAAGAUGGCAUUGGUAACUAAUCAGUUCCAGGUGGGUUCUUAUGCGGGAUUUCCUUCAAAGCCCACAUCGUUGAAAUUGAACAAAGAAUUGAGGUUGAAGCAAUGUGUAGUCACAUUACGUGCGCUCGGGAACUUGGAUAGGUGCUUAGGAUUGAAGCGCCACCUUUGUCUCAGAGUAGGAUCCCCACACCUUUUCUUCCCAAAAGUUAAAUCCUUGAGGGUCUCAUCUUUUAAAGGUAGUGUCCACAAUGAUGGAUCUGGAGGAGGCAGAUCCGAGAAAGUAUCCCAGAACUCUGUCAGACUUUCUUACGUACCUAAAGAAAGCAAAGAGACCGUAGCUGAAUCCUCCAAGGCACAUGAUGUUCCAAUUCCCCAUGCUCCUGGAACCAAUGGAAAUGCUGCAGGUUCCGCUGCUAUUCAUAAGUUAUUCAGGAAAUGGCUCACAAUGUUGACGUCGCAUUCAUCAGAUCAGUUGGCGGAUGAAAUUUUUGGAGGAGGACCCCCUCCAAGAGAAAUAUCAGGGACGGAAAAUGAGCCAGUUGGAGGGGAAAGUGGCAUUCUGAAAACCUUAUGGUGCCACUAUUGGGCUCUUGAUGCAACAAUAAAAUUUCCCCCGCUGAUAUUCAUUCCUUUAUUCCUUGCUGUUAAUGUCACCUAUGGGAGGGAAGUUUCAAAGGAGCUGAUGCCAUUAUGGGUGCUUGGCCCCCUGCUCAUUGCCCUAUACAUCAAGAUGCUUCGUGGUUUGUGCUCCCUUUAUGUUUUCACCUUCAAGCAGACCGUUAAUGUAAUCAAGAACCUGCCUGUGUACUACAUGAUUGCCUACGAGUUUGUUGCUCGUGGAAAGCUCAAAGAAGUCAUUGCCACUCGGGUUUGGCAACCUGUGGUGGACAUUAAGAACUUGGACUACAAGGAGCUCUGGAGAAGUAAGCUCAGAGAGUUUCAGGAGUGGCUGCUGGAGAAGUACCUGGAUUUUGUCGAGUCUAUAUGGCCGUACUAUUGCAGAACUAUUAGGUUCCUAAAGAGGGCUAAUCUCAUUUAGUUGAUUCGGCAGAAGGUUUUUGGUGGACGAAGGACUCAAUUAGAGAUUGUUCUGAAAGGAAGGCGAGAUUUUUGUGAUAGAGAACGACCGGAAGCCUCCAUUUUCGACUGGUGUUCUUCAUGGGCGGCUCGGGGAUCACAUCAAGCGGGAAAUGCUUGUUCAUUGCACAUUCCAGUAGGCGAGGCAAUGAUGGUCCCCAAUUGUUAGUUGUCCUCUCUAUUUUCUUUUUGAAUCCUAUCUUCGAUAUUCUGUUAUUCAUGAUGUUCGUAACAUGGGACAGAACGGAGGAGGUCAUAUCAGAUAUUUCAACUGAUGAAUCAUUUUUCGUCAUGUGCCUUUUCGAGUUAAUAUAUUUAUCUGUUCAUUUCCUUGCA